UGGUGAACGGAAAACAGUAACCAUGAACGCCGGAGCUCUGUUCUUCUCUCCUAAUUUCCACUCUCUCUGUAAACCCAAAAACCCACCCGAAAUUUCCACCAGGAACAAAGUAUCCCCUGUUGGGACCCAAUUCAGGGUCGGGGCCCACAAUCGGUUCCAUGUUUUCCGAGUUUCGGUAUGGAAUUCGGGCAAGAGAAGGAGCGGUAAAGUAUACGCAGAUGUUAGAGAAAUACCAGAGUCGAUACGGUAAUCGGUGAAGUUUAAAUUUGGGUUAGAAGAUAUAGUUUUGAGUGCGGAGGAUUUGGAGGGUUCGAUCCCGCGCUCGGAGCAGUUCCCGAAACGGUGGGUUAUCGUGAUUCCAUGUUUUUCGGCAUUUUUGCUGUGUAAUAUGGAUAGAGUAAUUAUCCAUGUCGGCAGAGUUCAAUUGGAGUCCAACUACUGUUGGUUUGAUACAGUCAUCUUUCUUCUGGGGUUGCCUUCUUACUCAGAUUGCUGGUGGCAUAUGGGCUGACACGGUGGGUGGGAAGUCAGUCCUGGCAGUUGGCGUAGUUUGGUGAUCUAUUGCUACUGUUCUUAGUCCUGUUGCUGCCAAAAUUGGGUUGCCAUUCCUACUUGUUGUUCGUGCUUUCAUGGGAAUUGGUGAGGAUGGGUCUUUAAUUUUCUGGCAACUAUAACUUCAAUUUUCUGUGAUUAUGUUUAUUUCGAAAACUCCAUUGUGGAACCUGUUUUCAAGAGAGGACGGUCAUUAGUUUUUUUCAGUUUGUAUUGACCUGAUCCCCAUGGUAUGUAAUUGAAGGUUUGUUUUUGUUUCAGGGUGUUGCUAUGCCUGCCAUGAAUAAUAUUCUGUCGAAAAGGCUCCCCGUAGCUGAAAGAAGCAGAUCAUUAGCUGUAGUAUACAGUGGGAUGUAUCUGGGCUCAGUUACUGGUCUGGCGUUUUCACCUUUCUUAUUACAUAAGUUUGGAUGGCCAUCAGUCUUUUUCUCCUUUGGUUCUCUGGGAACAGUCUGGUUUGCUGUAUGGCUAAACAAGGAAGAUAUGAACAUUCUGAAAAAGGAAAAGAGAAAUUUGUAAGCCCUGGUGUGAACUGUGAAGUAAAAGAGAAAACAUGAACCAAAGGAGAAGAUGGUGUGGAGAGAACUUACUCCCAUGGAACAUCUCCAACAAGCAUCCAAUCACCAUCUUUGUCUUCAUAGGUAGGAGUAUAGUCAGAUCCAUGGUACCCUACCCUCUCUGAGUAGGCACCAAUGGUGAGCUUGAACAUAUUUUCCAAAGCCUUGAGGAGCUCUGAGUAGCUGUUGUAAACCCUAAGAUCGAUCUUCCUCAAAUAAGGAGCUCCAUCCAUGCUUACUUUCAUAAACCUCCCGACUCCUU